UCUGUGAGGUGUUCUGCACUAUUUAUCAGUCUGUUUCUCACUCUUCUCCACUUUCGCUACCUGGAAGGCUUAUACUCAGGGCCUGUGCUGUGCAUCGAGCCUCGCUAUGUGGCUGCUGUUGUUCUUGGCAUGGCUCGUCAUUUGGGCCUGCGGGACCUACUGGUACCUUUUCGGGAAGCCCAGCCCGUUCUCUUUGGACUCCGUGAGGCCUCCGGGGCCACGCGUAUAUGACCAGAAGUUGAGGGACAAGGUGCUUAAACAAGGAUUCAGUGCUGAUAAAGUGCCAAAGGACCUGGACGCCAUUGUCAUUGGUAGUGGAAUCGGUGGGAUGACGGCUGCAGCGACCUUGGCAAAAUUGGGAAAGAAGGUUCUGGUACUGGAGCAACACGACCAGGCCGGUGGCUGCUGCCACACCUACUUGGAGAAGGGCUUUGAGUUUGAUGUUGGGCUUCACUACAUCGGCCAGCUGCAUGAGAACAGUCUGUUCCGCAUUGCCAUGGACCAGCUCACGGAGGGGCAGCUGGAGUUUGUGGAACUGGAACAGCACUUUGACACCAUCGUCAUCGGCCAGGGCGACGACCGGCGAGACUACCACAUCUACAGCGGCAAAACCGACAUGGCAGAGCGCCUGAAGAAGCAGUUCCCAAAUGACACCGCGGCCAUCGACGCUUUCUUCCAUAUCAUGAAGGUCUCAGCCAAGAAGACCCACUACCUGGCCACACUGAAACUGAUCCCACUCUGGCUGGCUCUGUUCUUGCUCAAGUCCCGCAUUGCCCAUUUCUUUUCGUCCGUCUUCAGGCUGUCCAGCGCUAGCGCUACGGAAGUGAAUGACAGCCUGACGAGCAAUAAGGACCUUCACAUCAUCUUCUCCUACUUCUUCUAUGGUGUGCCCCCCAGAGACUCCAGCACGGUCAUCAACGCCUUGCUCCUGCACCACUACAAGCGAGGGGCGUAUUACCCACGGGGAGGGGCCAGCGAGAUCCCGUAUCACAUGACCCACGUCAUCCAGAAACCAGGGGGCAAUGUGCUAGUCAGGGCGUCCGUCAACCGCAUUCUGGUGAACGAGGACGGCGCAGCGUACGGUGUGACAGUGAGGAAGGGCAAAGAGGACGUGGAGGUGCGGGCCCCCGUGGUCAUCUCCAACACCGGCGUAUUUACUACCUUUGAGAAGCUUCUUCCGCCUGAGGUCAGCGCCAAGCCAGAAAUUCAAGAUCGCCUCGAUAUGAUGAAACAUGGCAGGGGGUCCUUCUUGGUUUUUAUGGGCUUCAAUGCAACGCAAGAGGAGCUGGAUAUUGUACCAACAAACUACUGGCUCUUCAAAAGCAAUGACAUGGACAGCAUGAUCGAUGACUUUUUCAAUCUGAGCAAAGAAGAGGUGGCAGACAAUAUUCCCAUGAUGUUCAUUACGUUUCCCUCUGCCAAAGAUCCCACUGCAAAAAUCCGCCACCCGGGGAAAUCGUGCAUGACCCUCCUGACCAUGGUGAAGUACGAGUGGUUCGAGGAGUGGAAGGACUCCACCGUGAGGAAGAGAGGGGACGACUAUUACAAUUACAAGAUGAGCAUCGCUAACAAGCUGUUUGAGUGGGCCUGCGUCCACUUCCCCAAGCUCAAAGAUAAGGUGGCAUUCAUGGAUGCAGCCACACCCCUGACAAAUACACACUACUUGGGUGCCCAACGCGGAGCUAUGUAUUCAGCUGAGCACAACCUGUCCAGAUUCGAACCCGAGGCGGUGGCCAGAAACAGGUGCUCCACACCUGUCAAGAACCUCUUUAUCUCAGGCCAAGAUGUGUUCAGCUGUGGAAUAGCUGGGGCAAUGCAUGGGGGUCUCCUGUGUGCUUGCACAGUCCUUGACCACAUUAUCUACAUCGACCUUCUUUUCCUCAAGAAGAAGCUAAAGAGGAAGAAGGCAAGAGAGUUAGCCAAGGCAGCCAAGAAGCUUGAGUAAGCUGAUGAUCCUCCAGCCCCCUCCGCAGGUCUAUACCAGAACUGCAUUUCUUUAAUGGAUAUCACGUGACAGACAUGGAACACAGAUUCAAGAAACUAUUCAUUGCUAUGACUGGUAAGACUGAAAAGCACAGACUUCUACAAUAUAAUGGGAAACAACCAAGUAUUGAAACCAUAUAAGUUAACCAUUGACAUCUUGAUAGACAAAACCAUUAUAGGUGUUCCAUACCAGGUUGUUAUGUGUAAAUUGUAAUGUGUGACAAUUGUGAUCACAAUAAUAAUGAGACCCGUCAGACCAUUCACCAAGUAAAAUGAAAAUGGAGUGUUUUGGUUAAUUUAUUACAAUGUCCAAGCAUCAUGAUGAAAAUGGAUAAAUCUCAUACUCAUCCAUUCUGCAAAUAUUGUAUUUUUAUAGCAUUUGCAUUCUGUAUACACUGACCUACUGCUAUUGUUUUUUUUACUUUAAUGUAACACAAAUACAUCAAACAGACAUGUACUUACACAGGAUACAUAAAACAAAGUAGAUAUAAAUGAGUAAAAACACUGACCAAAGUAGAUAUAAAUGAGUAAAAGACACAUUACUGCCCUUCUGCCAAAGACAGAAGGGCAGUAAAUGUGUCUUAUCAGCUCAAACUCACACUUUCUCCAGGAUUCCUGACAAUUUACAAGUGUGUGACUGCAGCCUGUGCUAUACCAGGAAACAUAACGGACAUUAAAGCAAAUCUAAAACCGUGACCGGAAGAAUUAAGACCCUGAACACAACCACUGGUUAAGAUUUGCCUUUGUUUUACCGCCCUAUCGUAUCUUUUCAAACGUUAAGACCAUUCCUCCUACUUCAGGUGUGCUGGGAUGGUUCGUCAUUCUGACAGCUGCCCAACCUCUUCCCAGGUGCUGUAAUUUGAAUUUAAUGAGCUGUUUUCUGGGCAGUACACAAUAUUUUUUUACCUUGCCCUGAAAACCUAAAUUAGUCCAGAUUUUGCCUCUCUGCACUGUAUUGUGUCACAAACUGGGCCAAUGAAAAGCUCAGUAUUUUUCAGGAAGGGUGUAAGUGCACAAGCAGUUACUACUCUUCUGUACGUAGAAGCAAAAUAAUCUUCAAAUGUGAUACAGAAGAAGCUCUGCAUUUGGGUGUUUAGGGUACAGGGGAAAAUGGCCUAAGUGGCUGAAUAUCUUCUGGGCUUUGCUGUUGGCUGAAAUGUGCGGCUGCCUGCACUUGGUCUGUGCCUGAUUUAGACGGCAUGUCCAAACAGAGCAGGGUUACGGUGCAGCAGACCGCUCUCCCUUGUAGGCAUCAGUCUGCUUUAGGGUUGCAAAGGGUUGGAAAAUUUCCAGUAAAUUCCUGAAAACUUUCCUUGGUAAUGUUAAGCUUAGGAAUUUUGGAAAUAUUACCCAGUUUCAUUAUAAAAUGUGAACUUAUACUAGU